CUUGAGUUGACGGUCGGGCCUACUCCACGCAAUUGGCCGAGACACGAGGGGAUGGAGGGAGGCUUGGGUAUUUGUAGUGUGUCCCUAAGUUGGUUAAAGUAGCGGGAGGGAACAAGGGAGGCGGCAGUGGGUGCCAGGUGACAGCGGGUGCUCGGGAGUUGUAGCCGCUUAUUAGCUGGCAGGGUUGACCGUUCGUUCGCUUAGCUCUAGCUACUUCAGCAUCUUCUCCUCUCUCCCAUUCUCCCACUCGCACACUUCCUCCUCUCCCGCCCCGACUACAAAACACGCACACUUUUUCCUUCCCCCUUUCUGCUUAUUUUUCUCCCCUCGCUCCUUUCCUACGACCUCCGACGAGCACGUUUCACUUUUCCACCACAUCAUUUUCUAAUUACCCACAACGACAUGGUCCGCGUAUCGACGUCCACUGAUGACCCGCUUACCCUUCUUAUGAUGCCCCCUCCAAACGAAUCCCCAGAGGAACGUGCCGUUCGUGAGCAGGCAGAAGCAGACGCACAGGCCCGUAGCGACGCGAUCGACGCGCAGAUCGAGAAGGACCGUGCCGCGAUGAAGCGCAGGAAAAAGGCCGUCAAGGUCCUUUUAUUAGGACAAAGUGAGAGCGGCAAGUCCGCAACGCUCAAAAACUUCCAGAUGCAAUACGCCCCCGCCGAAUGGGCCGCCGAGCGCGCGUCCUGGCGCGCCGUCAUCCAGCUCAACCUCAUCCGCUCCGUCCUCCGCAUGCUCGACGCCCUCGUGCGCGAGAUGCAGGCCGCCUCCGGCUCCCCGCACUCGCCCGCGGACUACCUCUCCGACUCGGACGGCGAGGCCAUCUCGUCGUCCUCGCGCCCGCACCCGCACUUCGCCUUCACGGACAAGCACCGCUUGCUCAAGCUCCGCCUCGGCCCGCUCCGCCGCGUGCAGGAGGACCUCAUGCGCCGGCUGGGCCCUGGGUCCGCGGAGGUGACCAGCGGCGGGAGCGCGCUCGCGGUGCCGUGGUCGAAGGACGGGCGGCCGUCGUCGGCUGGUGGCGGUGGGCGUGGACGGUCGGCGUCCUCGCCGAGGGAUGAGGAGCGGAGGCAGUCACACGAGUUUGGCGUGAGCUCGACGAACGGGUGGAAGAGCGCGCUUGAGAAGAUCAAGUGGGGCAGCAGCGGUAGCAGCGGUAGUAAUGGGGAUGGCGCGGCGGCCCAGGGGGCGCAAAGAAGGCGCGAGAUCGAGCUGGACGAGACGACGGAUGUGAUUGUGGGGUGCAAGGAGGACAUGAAGGUGCUCUGGGAGGACCCGGUUGUCCGCGAGGUGCUGGCGCAGAGACGGAAACGGAUAGAGGAUUCGCCUGGAUUCUUCCUUGACGACAUUGAUCGCGUAGCAUGCAAAGAUUACGAACCUAAUGACGAAGACGUCGUGCGUGCCCGUCUGCGGACGGUUGGCGUGCAAACAUACCAGUUCACUAUCGAGAAAGGUCGUGCAGCAGGACAAGACUGGCUCAUGUACGACGUCGGCGGCACACGCUCCUCCCGCACAGCCUGGGCCACGUUCUUCGACGACAUGGACGCGAUCAUCUUCCUCUCCCCGCUCUCGUGCUUCGACGAGAAGCUGCGCGAGCAGCGCAAGGUGAACCGGCUCGAGGACUCGUAUCUGCUCUGGCGCGCGGUAUGCGAGAACCGCGUGCUCGCGCGCACGCAGAUCAUCCUCUUUUUGAACAAGGUGGACAGGCUGCAGGCCAAGCUCGCGCGCGGCGUGCAGGUGCGCGAGUACAUUACGAGCUACGGGGACCGUGCGAAUGAUGCGCAGACGGCGAUGAAGUACUUCCAGACGCACUUCCGGGACAUCAUGAAGGAGGUGUCACCACACCCGCGCCCCUUCUUCGCGCACUUUACGUCCGUCGUUAACACCUCUCAAACCGCUGUCACGCUCAACGCCGUCGAAGAAAGCAUCCUCCGCACGCACCUGCGCGGGGCCGAUCUCCUGUAAGCCAGGCCCGCGCUCCCAUUUUGCUACCGCAGGCGAGACGGCAUACCCCAUGGCCCGAUCUGUUCGUAGCAUCCAAGCGCCUACGCUUACGAGUUUCACGCAGGAUCUGAUAUCUUUUCUAGACCAUAGCUCCCUCGGGCCGUAUAUUCAUUUGAGACACGGUGCUGCACCAUACGGCCGGGGCCUAUCUGCCAUUCAACUAUCUAUCGCUUUUUUAUAUAUCUAUUCUAUCCCACCCCGUCUUCGACUUCUACGAGACGCUGCUUCUACGUGCUAAGCGCGGCGGCGGCACACACGCAUAUAUGUGUAUCGUGUCCGCCCGCCGCUGGCAGUGCUCAUUAAUUUCGCUAAUCCGUGUCAUUUCCCAUCCUCAUGAUCGCCCAGACGGCAACGCGGUCCCGACACCUGGAUAAAAUCUUGCUUCUUUAUUUGCUUUCCAUUUCAUUUCGUUUUCACCGCAUCUCUCCAUCUCUCCAUCU